AUGGCUUGCGUGAGGAAGGCCGAAGACGCACUCGCAGACUCGUAUGAGUCUGUGAGCCAGACGGUCACAUAUCUCAAGCAGAAGCACGAUGAGCUGCGAAGCACUCGCGGUGCGGCUGCCCUUCAGGACUUGAAGGAGCAGCUCCAGAACCUGCGGGUGCGUGGAACGCGCGCGCAGGUGGCUCACAGCGAUGUGAAGAACAAGGUCGCAGAGGCCAAGAAUCGGCACGACAGGCAGCUGGAGGCAUUGAAGAAGAAGCGCCAACAAGCAGAGGAAAAAAUAGCUGCGGAUACGAUAACAGGCGAAGCAUCCUCCAUGGUGGACGAUUUGGUUGCCAAGGCCACUGCGGCAUGCGCAGCAGCCACCAACGCCCUGAGUUCCACCGGCGCGGCCGUCACGAACUCUGCAGGUGCGCUCCAGGCACUGGAGCAGGUGGAGAAGGACCUGCAGUCCGCGGUCCAAGCCUGCCAGGAGGGGGAAGCCAAGAUCAUGAAGACGGUCGCGGAGGAAAUCCGAAAUGCCAGCAAGGGGCCUCUCUUUGAUGCAAGGAAGGUGAUGUUCAGACUGAAGGUGAAGUUGUCACCUCUGCCCAACAAUUGCAAGAAGCACCUCCGUACCAUCGAGGAGAAGAAGAAAGAGGUCUUUGAGGAUGUGCGACAGAUGGUAGCUGAUCUUCUGCGGGAACAUGCCAUCAAUCACGACUUGUCCUCGAAUGCAUUGUUCGAGCAGCUGCGUAAAGGUGGCGAAGGUGAGGGCGAACAGAGCGCGGAGGCUACAGCGCUUCUUGUCUUGUUUGUUGUCGUUGCACGCCCGGGAAGUCAGGCUAACUUGACUCGGUUUGCAUUUCUUGACUUGGUGGUGAGCUUGGAAGAGCCUCUCAAGGAGGUUGCAGUAACUCCGUCUCUCGAGGUGAAGGGAAGCACGGCACUGAGGAAGCUUCAGCUCGACGAAACUGUCGAGGUUCUUGGCCAGCACAGCAGAGAAGAAGCUGCUGGGUUGCUGAGAUCGCGAUGUCGCGCUCUACAAGAUAGUCUGGAGGGUCGGGCUCGAGUCAAUCUGGGCCAGGGAACUCCGUUCCUGAAGAGGGUUGCCAAGCCCUACUACUUCUGCCAAGCUGGUUUCACAGCUCGUUGCCGCAUGCAGAGGCAAGAGAUAGCAACACAAGCAUGUCAGCAACUUGAGGCAGAGACUUCAUUGAUCGAGACUUGCGCAAUAAGCUCAGAUCAGAGAGAGUCUGUACAAUUUGCACGCCCAAGCUGGCUUGCAGACACAGGCUUCUACAGGGAAGAUUCUGGGAACUGCGCGCCCGGCCCUUGGGCCCUCGGGGAUUCGGGGAUAUGA